AUGCAGUCUGUGGUAUUCAAAGGUCCACUCCAGGUUGCUCUGGAGCAACGGCCAAAGCCUCAGAUCCAAGAUGCAACAGAUGUCAUUCUGAAGGUUCAUUACACGGCAUUAUGUGGCAGCGAGCUGCACGUCUUCCGAGGCCACCAAGCAUCGAAUACAGGAUUCAUUAUGGGCCACGAAUUCACGGGGGUGGUCGUGGAAGCAGGCGAAGAUGUCAAGACGUUUCAAAAGGGGGAUAAGGUGGUAUCGCCAUUCACAACCAGCUGUGGCUCUUGCUUCUAUUGUGCACGCGGGUUCUCAUCUCGCUGCGCUCGGAGUCAGCUAUAUGGAUCGGUAAUUUUGGAUGGAGGGCAAGCGGAGUAUGUUCGCAUUCCUCUCGCAGACUCAACAUUAUUCCAUGCGCCCCCUUCGAUCGACGAGAAAAAGUUGGUGUUGAUGGCGGAUAUUUUUCCGACUGGUUACUUCGCAGCUUUGAAUGCUUUUAAGUCACUGGAUACGGCAGAGGUUCAAAACAGCGUCGUUCUCUUGUUUGGCUGUGGGCCUGUGGGUAUCUGUGCUCUUGUGAGUGCUUUAGAAUAUCGUCCCAAGCAUCUGAUUGCAAUCGACAGUAUCCCAUCUCGUCUUCAGCUUGCAGGAAAGCUGGGUGCAGAACCUUGGAACUUCCAGGAAGAUGAAGCAGACUUGCGACAGAGAGUCAAGGAUCUGACGGAGGGUCGGGGAGCCGAUGUGGUCAUUGAGGUUGUGGGUCAUAGCAGCGCAUUGCGAAUGGGAUUUGAGAUGUUGCGCCCAUGGGGAAUCUUAUCCAGUGUUGGAGUGCACAAUGGUGAGAUCCCUUGGACUGGCAAUGAGGCGUAUGGAAAGAAUUUGCUUAUCCAGAUGGGACGGUGCCCUGUACGAAGUAUCUUUGGGGAGGCAAUGGAGUUUUUGGCCAGAAAGCAAGAUGAUCUUGAUUUCAUGUCAGAGGAUAUCCGGCCACUUUCUCAGGCUGUUCAAGCCUAUGAUGAUUUCAAUAACAUGAGAUGCCAGAAAGUUAUCUUUGAGGCGGACAAGUAA